UAACUCCACUAACCUUACACUUACAGUGUUCAAUGUCACAGUGUCUCUAACUCCACUAACCUUACAGUGUUCAAUGUCACACUGUCUCUAACUCCCCUAACCUUACAGUGUUCAAUGUCACAGUGUCUCGAUGCUCAAAACCACAAGAUGUGUUCUUGUCACGGUCCUCGGUAUAGUGCUUGUGUUUGGUUGCGAUCCGUCGGCUCAGAUAUGCAGUAACGAAUCUAUCACAAUCGCACGACAAAUAAAGGAUAAACUCAUGGAGAUUCUUAAAACGACAACACAGUUGGAUUAUCUUAGGAAUGCAUUUAGUGCAGAUUCAGACCUGAUCAGAUAUGAAGAAAUUGACGGGAAAAAACUUUUAAAGGAUGCACAAUUAAAAUUGGAGACGAUUCUGAAGAACAAGACGGACGCGGUAGACAAGAUCGCAGACUUUGUGCGUCAGAAGAGUCCAGGUCGUCUUGAACAAGCACGUGACCCUCCCACGUGCAGCUACCUGCUGGCCAAAGACAGGGACAUGGAGAAGAAGAUCAACCUGACAUACUAUGAAGAGUUUAAAGCGAGGGUUAAUCUUACGGAGACUAUCAUUCACUUUCCGGUGGAUGUGUACGAGUUCUCUAACGAGAUUAAGAGUGCAAUCCAUCUGACUGAUGGAUUGGAUCAAGUCUUCGUAAAGAAUUACGAAAGGGACAAGUUCAUAUUCGCUCAGUAUUUCGGGUCUACUUCUGGGUUGUUACGAUAUUUUCCAGCAUACUCCUGGUUACUGCCUAAUAACCAGACGGACCUGUACGACUGUAGGUUCAGGUCGUGGUAUAUCGAGGCAGCAGGGCAGCCUCGAGAUGUUGUCUUCCUCAUGGAUACCUCUGGGAGCAUGUACGGGUGGGCACUACGAGUUGCAAAAUACACCGCUAAAACACUGCUACAGAUAGUGUCAGAUAAGGACUACGUGGCCUUCUACACCUUCAACCUAACCACACAGUCCCUGUCUUGUUACCCUCAGCUGGAGAGAGCCAGGUUGAAGUACAUCAACCAUCUCUACGAGGAAAUUGAUAAGAUUGACGCUAUUGGUGCAUCUAAUUUCUCGAUAGCCCUCAACACGGCGUUUGAUGUGCUGGAGAACUCUGCGAGAAACAAUAAAACAUGUGAUUGUCAGCGUUCAAUCAUCAUCUUCAGUGAUUAUGUGAGGGAGGAGUACGUUGAGCUGUUAAAAAAGCGGAAUCCGGACGGAAAAGUCCGGAUCUUUAUCCUAGCGUUCGGAGCUCCAAACCAGGGUGAUACCACAAAACUAGAGAAGAUAGCGUGUGCGAAUAACGGGUACUUCAGCAAGGUGUACGACUACGGGGACGUUGUGCCAGCUAUAUCUAAUAUUCUAGCUGUGUUUGGGCAGCCGUUAUCAUUGAACACGGCAAACAUUCAAGCAACCUGGUCCACUGUGUACUACGAGUAUGAUCGUCAGAAUUUCGUCAUGACCGUGGGAAAAUCUGUUGUUCUGGAUCAUGAUCCUAACUCACAGAGAGAACCUUUUCUCGGGGUAGCUGCUAUAGAUGUGGACAUACCUCAGAUGAAGAAUAUUAUGACGGGCAUGUUCUCGGGAAUCAUGUACGCGUUCAUGAUCAACAAUAAUGGUGUAGUGAUCCUUCACCCCCGGAUGGUCCCUAUCGACGACUACACAGAAAAACCGGACAUGGAUAUCAACGAGAUGGAAAUAACAGAGGAUCCGGAGAAGAUCAAGGAGAUAGCUAGGUCCAUGUUGAACCGGAACACUGGCAGUAUCGUCACAAGAUCACUGGUGUAUUUCAAGAAUACCAUCAGUGGCAGGGAGAAUUAUCAGAACACGGAGUAUUUUUUUACCUCUUUGGAUGGGUAUCCGUUCAGUAUUGGGAUAAUAGUGCCAGAAAGUGAGAGGCAGGAAAUAAAAGUUGACAUAAGCAACAAGGCCCUUGAUAAGACCCUGGUGAUGGAGGCGAUACAGAAAGAGGUACCAGGAAGACUAAGAUGGAAGAAAUAUCCACUCUGUACUAAAAACCUUACAGACACGAUAAAGCCGGUGUUGACAAAGGCGGAGAAGGCUGAGCUGGAAGCUGAUCCGUGUUAUCCGGACCGGUACUCCACCAUGGCAGCGGAGGUUUUACUGACCCAGAACAUCAGCGACUGGUGGCAGUCGGAAAAGUUCAGGAAUUGGACUCGGGCUGAAGUGUGCAAUUUUAACGAACACUGUAUACUUGAUGCUUAUCUCGUGACAAAUGCGGGAAUCAUUCGGACCUACAGAAACAUGUCAAACGACAGCGUGGUGAUGGAUCCAGUGGAGAUGCAGCCCUUCAUCCACUCCCGGAAAGGAAUCCCUGCCAAUACUCUUCUAGUCAGUCUGUUGGGCAAGGACGAAGAAGAAAACGGAAGCCGUUACUUUAACAUCAGUUACUCCUUGGGAAUCGCUAAAGAAAGCGAAAUCGUCCAACCCCUUUCAGUCGGAGUUAAGGUGCAACUAAAGGCUCUCCGUUACUUUAUUGAUGUGGCUCGAAAAAAGAGGAAAGCCACAAUAACACUUCUUGACGAGAAUGCAUUCACCAUAUUCAGCACAGACGAAGAGUAUGAACCAACUCCAAUAGAAAGGUUCUACGAUAAGACUUCCAAUGUGACUAAUUUCAUCCUCAACGAAUCCUCAUUCUACUACCAGUAUCAGGUUAAAGAUUGUCAAAAACUAUGCAAGAAAACAAUUCCCCAAGUGGAGAGUUCAGCUCGGUCUUAUCUUUCACCUCUUCGCUCCGUCACAAAAUUCAUGUCCAGUAUUUGGAAACUAUUUGUCUUCUUUAUUUCAGACUUAUUCUUAGACAAAGGCACAGCGAACCACCGUCGAGCUACAUACGUUAUGUGUUGCGAAGACGAAAAGACUUACUUCCGCAAUUUUUCAAAUACCGCACCAUUGGAGGGCACGGUGGAUUGUGGUGGGAUUUGUAAGAAAAACGUAACGUUAAGUCCCUUACCCAACACCAACGUGUUGCUCGUCAUAGACAAUAAUCCAGACUGCGUGUGCCAGAGACAGAAGAGGACAAAAAGCUCAUACAUUAACGAACUUUGUGAGAAUAAUCACAUAUCGCAGUGGCGGUCAGAUUUGUCACAACAGGUGUGCUUUGAGAAGUUUGAAUCUAACACGACGAGGACAGAGUCGAAAUGGAAGUGCUCAAAUACGCCUCCAUAAUUAAUUAAUCGUUUAUUAAUUGAUCGCAAAUUGAUUAGUAAUGAAUUACUUAUUUAUCUGGGGUUUAUAACGUUUCUUUUAUUACUUUUGAUACUGAUCCCAGAGGUUCUUUCUGAAACGUAAAAUGCCGUCAAUCCUUAAAUAGGAAUUCUCUCCAGUUUUGUUUGAAUAUUAUAACUAUGGGUUGUGCCUGAUUGAUGAUGAUUAUUCUUGAAAUUUUAAAUUUUUAACGUUAUUAGUGACCUCACUGACUGGUUACCAUUGGCACAUAUAAUGUUUUUUGGUGAUUAGAUAUAUUAAUAUAGCAAUCUAUCUGUUUUUGAUACGUCCAGUUUUAGGUUAAAAGCUUUUUAUACGCUACUCACUAUAACGCGUAGAUACUAGAUUUAUUUUCUUGAAUCUUAACAAUAUCAUUCGUUUCGUUUAUGAGUUUCUCGACC